ACGACUCGUUUUCAAAACAUUGAUGUACACAAGAACCUUAAAGAGUACCCACCAUUCUGAUAGAAAAUUACACUCACUUUUUAGUAAAAUUCUUGAAUCUCCACUAUCCCAUAAUGAAUUUUCAGUCAUAUCCGCGUGGAUGGAUUUGCAAGAUGGUUUUCUUGGCUUUCCUCGUACUACUUCCGACUGCAGUUUUAGGCGAAUGUACAUGUGAAGCCGACGAAGAAGAUCGGAACAAAAGUUUAGCACUCAAAUAUAAGUUAGCUGCACUUGCUUCAAUCCUCGUCGCCAGUGCAAUUGGGGUUUGUCUUCCUGUUUUGGGGAAGACGAUACCAGCUUUGAGUCCAGAGAGAAGCUUUUUCUUUAUUAUAAAGGCAUUCGCAGCCGGAGUAAUUUUGUCGACGGGUUUCAUCCACGUGCUUCCCGAUGCGUUCGAAAACUUGACAUCUCCGUGUAUCAGUGCCCAUCCGUGGGGAGAUUUUCCAUUCACGGGCUUUGUCGCAAUGGUUGCCGCCAUUGGGACUCUUAUGGUGGACACAUAUGCAACCUCCUAUUACAGCAAGAAAUCUAGCGGCAAGACGGAAAUACCUACCGGCGAAGAAGGAGUUGUCCCUCUUCAUACUCAUGCCACCCAUGGCCAUGCACAUGGAGCAGUAUCGAUGGAAACUGAUUCUGGUGAAACACAACUUCUUCGUCACCGCGUAAUCUCACAGGUGUUGGAGUUGGGAAUUAUAGUCCAUUCUGUAAUUAUUGGAAUUGCCUUAGGUGCUUCUGAAAGUCCUAAAACAAUAAAGCCUUUAAUUGCUGCUUUGACCUUCCAUCAGUUCUUCGAAGGCAUAGGGUUAGGAGGAUGCAUAACGCAGGCUAAGUUUAAAUCAUGCGCAAUUGCAAUAAUGGCCCUCUUCUUCUCUCUCACAACUCCAAUAGGCAUCGUGAUAGGUAUUGGAAUAACAAACAUUUAUAGUGAAACCAGUCCCGAUGCUCUUAUUGUUGAGGGAAUUUUUAACUCAGCAUCGGCCGGAAUCUUAAUUUAUAUGGCACUCGUAGAUCUUCUUUCAGCUGACUUUAUGAGUCCAAGAAUGCAAAGCAAUGGAAAGCUUCAAUUAGGUGCAAAUAUUUCUCUUCUUCUAGGCGCUGGAUCUAUGUCUCUCUUGGCAAAGUGGGCUUGAGAUAUGUUACAUGUUUUUGUUCAUCCUCUUUCUCCUUUCUCAUUAUUAAUAUUGCUCUCUUUGUUCGACAAAAAACCUUGAAGUAUACUAUUGAUACGAAGUACGUUGCAUGUUUGUUUGUUUUUUUAAUUUUAAUUACAUAUCGCAUCAAUUAUUUGGA